AUGCCGGCACGGCUACCACGCCAGACCCUCAGCCUGAGCAUCACCAACCCCCUAAUCCUCUACCGUGCAUUACUGGCGACCCAGAAAAUCAAGCCCGACCCGGCGCAACAUCGUCUGGCUCUACACCUGCAAAAACUCUACUUCCGCCUCAAGGACUACGCCCCCGAAGUCGAGUACCGGUACCGUCUGGAGACAAUCACCCGGGACCUACCCAGGCGUGCCGACCCUCAUCCCCGACAUGCCAGUGAGUCAGAGUCGGGGUCAAAGUCCACGGGGGCGGAGAGGACCACCAAGAAGAGCGCCCUCUCGGCCCUCCUCUCGUUCACCUCCCCCUCGAGCUUUCUCACUGCCGCCGACACGUUAGCAUUGACGCGCACGACCCCGCUUCAUGACUCGGCCGUCUCCAUCCCUUCACCCCGAGGCUUGCUCCUGUACGGCGAAGUGGGCCGCGGCAAGUCCAUGCUCCUGGACAUGCUGUACGAUUCGUUGCCGUCGCGCAAGAAACGCCGCUGGCACUACAACACGUUCAUGCUGGAUGUCUUCCGGCGCAUCGAGCUGGCUAGGCUGGACGGUCUGGACGGUCUACGGAACCCGCGAAGAAGUCUGUUUGGCGGUGGUGGUGGCAGCGGUGCGAGUGCCCACGAGCACGUCGUUCUCCGGCUAGCAAAGGAUACGGUCGCCGAGUCUCCGAUCUUGUUCCUGGAUGAGUUUCAAAUGCCCGACAGGGUGGCCGCCAAGUUGAUCAAUGGGUUCUUCACGGCGUUUUUCCACCUCGGCGGCGUGUUAGUCGCGAGCUCGAAUCGUAUGCCGGAGGAGUUGAGCAAAGCCGCGGGCGUGGAGUUUGGGGCUGCACAUGCCGCGAACAGUUCCGGGAGGGGAGGUGUCGGUGCCAGUGGUGGGUUCUUCGGGCUCGGUUGGGGCCUGAGUCGGGAGAGUGAGGGCGAGAGAGCAGCCAAGACGGACUUUGGGUUGUUUCUCGAUGUCCUCAGGGCGAGGUGUGAGGUCUGGGAAAUGGAGGGGGAGCGGGACUGGCGGAGGGAGGGCGAUGAUCGGGCGGAGGUGGUGGAUGGGCUUGAACAAGAACAGAAACAGGAGCACGAGCACGAACAAAAUGAUGCAGCGCUUCAAAAGCAGACCCAGGGCAUGACCAGAACCAGGACCACGGUCACGACACUCGCCUCGUCGACGAGGCCACUGUCGUCCGACUCGCCGGCACACUACCACGUCAAUAUCCCUGGCGCCCCGAGUGAUGUAUCCUUCGAAAACGACAUCCGCGUCCUCAACCCCUCAGGGACAUGGCAUCCCGCGAAUCUCACAGUCUACGCACGCGCCCUGCACAUGCGGACCACGCACAACCGCAUCCUGAAGUCAUCGUUCCGCGACCUCUGCGCCGUCUACCUCGGCCCAGCAGACUACGUGACUCUGUGCUCGACAUUCCACACGCUCAUCCUGACGGAGGUCCCGGUGCUGACGUCGGCGCACAAGAACGAAGCUCGCAGAUUCAUCACCCUUCUUGACGCGUUGUACGAAGCCCGGUGCCGACUCGUCGUCCAGGCCGACGCCCCGCCUGAUAAACUCUUCUUCCCCGAGACACGAGCCAGAUCGACAACGACGGCCAGCACCGGGGAAGGCACACUCUUGGCGGAGAAUCCUCUCGACGAACACGAAUCUGGAUCCGAAUCCGAAUCCGACGACUCCAUCACGUCCGAGGCAUUCUCCGAGAUCUAUCAAGAGAGCACGGCCCCCUUCCGGCCCAAUAUCACGACGUACACAGAGGGGAAUACCCGCAGUUCGACACCCCCGUCGUUCACACCCUCGUUGGCGAACCCCAAUGUGCGGACCGUGUUGGCGGACGAGGACGCCGAUUUCGGCCCCACGUACGGCAACGGACGAGGGCACGGCAUCUCAGACUCGACGUCCUUCACCGACGAGCGCGGGAUGACGGCGGGCCGGGGUCCGGACUUUACGAGCACGUCGGCGCUGACGGGCGAGGAUGAACGCUUCGCGUACAAACGCGCGAGAUCGCGACUGUGGGAGAUGUGCGGGCGGAGGUGGUGGGAUGAGCGUCUGGCUGGGCUUAAUGGUGUUGGACAGCCAGAAGGUGGAGCUCAUGGUGAAGCCGGAGGUGAAGCCGAAGGUGAAGCGAGGGAGGGAGAAGUGCCAGAAUGGUGGCGACCAAUCCAUCGCGAGGGGCGGUUCUGGGAAAGGGCUGCGACCACGCGCGAUGAGGUUGAUGCCGAUGCUGAUGUAAAGACAGGAGCUCACGCUGCACCUGAUCAAGUUCCCAGAACCGCGGGCGUCGAUCCAGAUCCAAAGAUCGAGUCCACGUUCAGACACGAUGCCUCGCCGUUUCGGACGAGUGUUGACCCGCCGCCAAAGUUCGGAUGGCAACAUGCUUGGGGGAUGAUGCGAUGGGGCAAGAAAGCAGGCGAAUGGGGGAAGGGCGUCGAGGGAAGAGAUCGAGCGAAGAAAAGGGGGCCGUCCGGAUGGGUAGGUGAAGGGGACGACACUUCUGCUCCUGCUCCUGCUGCGAGGGGAGCAAAAGAGUAA